AAUAUUCUCCCCUUAUCAACCGGAAGCGGCAACCAAAGAGUGAACGAAGGUAUUUAGGGAGAAAACAUGCUGCUCUAUCAACGGAUUAGAGAUAAUACUGCGAUCUUCUUUACAGUAUUAAGCUCUCUAUUAGUAUUAUGUCUAGGACAGUUGGACAAAAAUGUUGAAGAUGCUUUUAAAAGUGGUCAUACAAAUAAUUGGGCUGUUUUAGUGGAUACAUCCCGAUUCUGGUUCAAUUAUCGUCAUGUAGCUAAUGUAUUAUCGAUUUAUAGAAGUGUAAAGCGUCUUGGUAUACCUGACAGGUUUCAUUUUUGUUCUUUUAAUAUUAAUGAAUAGCUAUAAGAGAAAAUCUAUUUAAAAAGUCUAUCUAUUCAUGUUUCUUUUUUUCCCAAUACUUUAGCCAGAUUAUAUUGAUGGUUGCAGACGACAUGGCGUGUAAUCCAAGGAAUCCCAGAGCUGCAACAGUUUUUAACAAUCAAAAUGAGAAUAUAAACGUUUACGGUGACGACAUCGAAGUAGAUUACAGAGGUUAUGAAGUAACGGUUGAAAACUUUAUACGAGUUCUUACUGGUAGAGUUCCACCAUCUACGCCUCGGUCUAAACGCCUAUUAACUGACGAUAAAAGUAAUAUACUCAUCUAUAUGACUGGUCACGGAGGCGAUGGUUUCUUAAAGUUUCAAGAUGCAGAAGAAAUAUCAAAUAUAGAAUUGGCUGAUGCAUUUGAGCAAAUGUGGCAAAAGAAACGUUACAACGAGAUAUUUUACAUCAUAGAAACUUGCCAAGCCCAAUCAAUGUAUCAGAAAUUCUAUUCACCAAAUAUAUUUGCGAUGGCAUCGUCAUUAGUUGGCGAAGAUUCAUUGUCUCAUCAUGUAGAUCAUUCAAUUGGAGUUUACGUUAUUGAUAGAUUUACCUACUACGCCUUAGAAUUUUUAGAACGUAUUAAUCAGGGUAGUAAGAAAACACUGGCUGAAUUUGUUAAAGUUUGCCCUUUUUAUAAAUGUCAAUCUACUACGAAUAUAAGAGAAGAUUUAUUUCAAAGACCAAUUUCUAAAGUUUUAAUAACUGAUUUCUUUGGUAGUGUUCAUAAAGUUAAAGCAUUCGAUAAAGUUAAUGUUACAGUGGAUGUGAGAAAAAAAGUUAUUGAUCACUGUCAAAAGGAUCCGUCUUCGUCAUCCUGUAAGAAAGAAGAGUUGGAUAUCGAUAUUGAAGGAACUGAUACAAGAAGACUGUUUUCAUACGCUAAGCAUUAUCCAUUUGUUUGAAGUUUUCUCUUUUCUAAUGUUAUAAUUGUUAAUUUAAUUUAUAUAUACAAGUAUAUAUUUACAGAUAUAUUCCAUCUCUUUUUCUACAAACAACUGUAUCAAUUUAUUAUUGUAUUUGUAUAUUAUACAGUAUAUAUUAGUAUACCGUUUAUUUUUAAAUUUCAUUCAAUAUUUGAAUGAAAAAAACGCUAAGAUAAAUAUAGCUCGAGAGGCGGAGGAGUCUGUGUAUAUUAUAUUACUAAUAUAAAAGGGUAUAACAAAUAGAAUCUGGGUAAUUUACAUUCUUUUUCAUUUUACAGAAAAAUAAGUAAAUUAUUAUUUUAUAUACCAAUUGAAUAAAGCUUUCUUUUUAUCACUAGAUGGAGUUAUAAUCUAAAUUGUGUCAAUACUUAUCGUUUAUCCUUCACACUAUACUAUUCAAUAAUCCGCCUCUUAUGUGUAUCUUCACUUUGAUUGUAAUCGAUUGUUAAUAAAAGAAAGAAGAAACGUAACCGUCUA